AUGAAAAGAUUCAUCAAAGUCCUGCUGGUGCUGAGUGGCCUAGUGGCCACGUCCUGGGCACUCUUCAUAGACAUACCCGAGAUCCACAACCAGGAGCAGCUGUUGGGCAGUGCAUCAAACGCUGGGAAAACCCGAGAGUCCUUCAUGGAUCCAAAUGGCCUGGCCAAGGGCAAGACCGGACCGGAGGAUGAGAAGAACGCUCAGUUCUGGUACGACCUCGCCCACGAAGAGAUUGCCAAACGUCUGGAGCUGCCGCAGGUAGACAAACGCAAGGCCAAGAAUGUGAUCAUGUUCCUGGGCGACGGCAUGGCUGCUGCUCGUAUUCACAAGGGUCAACUCAAGGGUAAUCCCGGCGAGGAGGACUCCCUCAGCUUUGAGAAGUUCCCCCACUCCGGCUUAAGCAGGACGUACUGCUCCAAAGCACAGGUUCCGGACUCCGCCUGCACGGCCACCGCUUACUUAUGCGGAGUCAAGACCAAUAUCGUGGCUUUGGGCAUCACCUCAGCCGUUAACUUUAACAACUGCAGCGGCAGCGAGGAUCCAGCCAAUCAGAUUAGCUCCAUUGCCGCCUGGGCCCAGGCACCGGAAAGGGCAGCGGCAUUGUGA